AUGGCACGAAGGGAAGCAAGGUUCACAUGCCGUGUGAAGCUAGACCACGAUUUCACCCUCAUUCCUCACCUUUCCCAAGCCGGAUAUCAUCUUCAAAUCCGUAAGUUCCUCAUAGAUGAUAAUGGCAAUGUGCAAGAGGAUCAGGAGGAGGAAUUCCAGGAGAAAUUUUUUUUGCUAGACUUUGUGUUUGGCUCGAAUCGACACCGCCGCCAUGUAGCUCAACGUCUACGUGAAGCUGGGUGGCGUCAGCGCAGUCUUGAAAGGAUCUUGGACGAGGCUUUCUCCGAGGCCAAGUUGAUUUUACAAAGAGAGAAAAAUAGACGUGAUUUUCGCAGCAUUCCAACAAUAAGAUUCUGCGUCAACAAGUUCGUGAGGUGGGAGGAUGAGUUAGAGGGUAUGGCACUAGAGUUGUCUUUGCAGGAAGCUCCUAGGCCCCUUCCUGCAACGAAAGAAUCCAUCCAGGCUCUGAAAAAAGUGAAGGUUGAAGGUGAUAUAGCCCAAGAGUGCAUGAUUUGCAUGGAGCAACUCUCCUCUGGAACAGAGGUCACUAGCAUGCCCUGUUCCCAUCUCUUCCAUGGAGACUGUAUCCAGGAGUGGCUGAAUACGAGUCAUAAGUGCCCAUUGUGUCGCUUUCCGAUGCCAACUGAUGGCUGA